AUGGAGGACCCUGCCCAGUCUUCACAGGCUUUGUCCGCAAGUCUUGAGCCUGCCGAUUCUGCCGACGCUACUCGAAUCCAGCUGGACGAGAUCCGGCGCCAACUAGGGAUUCCGGUUCCCGAGUUCAUUCUGGACCUUCAGGGGAAAAGGCGCAAGUCGUCCGACGCGCGGCGCAGGCUACACGCUUGCGACUUCAACGGUCAGAAGGGUGCCAUUCCGCUCUCCGUCGUCCGCCUCGAUCCGAACUUGAACGUUCCAGCGGUCAUCGGCGCCUCCGUCGAAGACCUCGUCGUUCGCCUCGAAGCACAGCAUGCAAGCAUUGGCUCCCUCCGCCAACGUUGCCUCGAACCGCUUGCUGUCGGCAUCACCUACACGCACGAGUUGAACCUCGAGUUGAACCUCCUCAGCGCCACCGGUACCGCAACGCUGAGCGUCCUGGAGGCUCUACGUCCAGGCGAGACUUGGCGAGUCGAACACGACACGGACAUCGGACUACCCCUGGUGGAAGCGGACCUCGUGUGUCGGCCGGUCGGCAAGCUCUGGCUUGGAGCUGUCACGGAGGUGAAGGGUUGGCCGGAUGACGAGUUCGAGGAAUUGCACGCCUAUGCGACCGCUAUGGACGCCUUCCCGGUCCUUGCAACCUAUGUCAAGGACAAGAAGACGCAGUGCGUAUACUGGUCGGAAUCCGAGAGCAGGUGGUUGCCGGCUCCGCCACAUUUGCGCACGAUGGUUCAGAUUUCGGCAAUCAUCUCCAGCCGGAUCAUCGUCUCGAAAUCGCAGAGCCAGAAGCCGGAUGGCGAGCCUUUCGAGCCGAAAAUUGUCCUGCCCGUGAUGACCGGCACGCGCAUCUUCUUCGUCGCCGGCCUCGUCGAGUACAUCAACUCGCUGCCCUACUCCCGCCUCGCCAUCUCGCCGAUCUACAGCCUCAACCACCGCCCCCUCCGUUCCGUUUUGACGGGCAUCGCACUCUACCACGUCGACACCGACACACUCGCCGUCCCUCCCUCACUCGACUCGGCACUCGUCUGUGGCUCGACGAUCUCCGCCGCCGCUGUUCAGAUGACCGUCGAAGCGGCAGAGGCGCUUGCGGACCUGCAGAAGCGCCGCUCAACGCUCUCGAGAUCGGCGAGAAAGCCGCGCCGUAUCGACGAAGCUGAAGAGGACGACGACGAAGGUGCGGGCACGUCAGGAGGAAUGGGACCUGCGGGAGGAUCAGGGACUGCCAGUGCGCAGGGAACAUCGGGAGGUGCAGGGGGCGUCCGUCGUUCAAGUCGCUUGAAGAGGUUAAGCAAAGGCACCGCUUCGAAGAGCGAGGCGCAGGAAGAGGAACGGGAGGUCGAGGAACGUACGGGCGAGCGGUUCGAGCGUACACCAAAUCAGCUCACUUCGCUCUUCAUCGUCGUCCGGACGUCCGAGGGCCACGCUACGGCUCCGAUGCUGUUCUUGCAUCAUGACGAUCUGGGAUCUAGCCUGUCGUCGCGCAGCUCGAGCGACGAUGCCUUCGACGAUCACGCCUACCCCAGUCCUUCGCGUUCAGCCGCAGACCUGACGCCGGACGAUCGCGAGCUUUCCUCGUCUGUGCCAUCCGCCAGCGUAUACGCUCUUUCCCCGCCCAUCGAUCCGCCCGUCGUCCUCCUCGACACCCUCCUCUACAACUCGGCGUCGACACAAGUCUACGGUUCGAGCACCACGGGGCUUGCUGUCAAGCUCGUCGAGAUGGGUGACGAGGCCGAGGAAGAGCUGAUUCGCGAAGCAGAGGUUUACGAAGACAUACAACGUUCGGCGGGCGACUCUUCCGCCUUCCUCGUUCCUUUCUACGGCCUCUUCUCGGCAUUCUCGGGCGAGAUGGCGCUCUUGACCGGACUGGGCGAGCCAGUGGAGGACUGGUCACCUUACAAGAGCGACAUCAUUCACCUCGUCUCGCGGUUGCACUCGGCGGGUUACACUCACGGCGAUCUCGCGUCGCGCAAUAUCGUCAAGACUUCGGCAGGCUUGCGUCUCGUCGACUUGGGUCGCGCGACGAGGGCGGACCGCGAGGAGAUGGAGUGGGAGAUGACUGAGUUGAAAGCAGUGCUGGAAGGUCAAAAGGAGGAGAUCGAGUACUAG